AUGACCGAAUUGGAUCGUAUUUCAGCUACUUCAACAACAACAAUUGUGCAUGCAGCAGCAGCCAAGCAAUUGCAACAGGCCACGGCCACAUCAACAACAACCACACCGCUCAACAGCAACUCGAACAACAACAACAAUGCAGCAAGCCCAAAUCGCAAUAAACGCAAUACCAAUUCAACGCAGCGUGCGCACAGCAACAACAAUAGCAUCACUGGCAGCGCCACCGGUGGUGGCACAACUGCCGGUGGUUACGCAAUUGUGCCAACAUCUGGUGGACCCACACACGCCAUAUCUACCACCAGCGCGCAGAAUAGCUUCAGCACACCGCCAACUACAUCUACAGCGCCACGCAGUAAGCCAAUACGUAUAGCACCUGCACCAGCGCCACCAAGCGGCUCACCCAAUAAAAACGCCACUGCUACGACCACCCCAGCAACAACAGUGGCUCUUAGCCAAGCGCAGGCACAACAAGCCGCUGCUACGCAACAGCUCUCGGCGCUGGGCAAAUGA